GAUUUUGAAUUUUUCGUCGGAUUUGGUCGUUUUCGUAGUUUAUGACAUGUGAGUGUAAUGCUAUGUGACAAAAACAUUAAACAAAAGACAAAGAAAUGCUUUAAGAAGAUACACUUAACUAAUGUGACCAAAUCCCGACGUUAAAUUAUUUUUCGUAACUUUCGCAAAAUUAAGCAUUACACAGCGAGAAUAAAGCAUCACCAAAAGUGCCUUAAAGUGACACUCAGGAAGUUAAGUCUGUGUUCAAAUACUUAUGAGCAAGAUGCCAAAAGGAUUUCUUGUUAAAAGGACAAAACAUGCUGGGACAUUUUCACAUAGAAUUCGCAACUUUUCGGAUGAUGAUAGGAGCGAAAGCGGUUCAGAUCAAGAGCACGUGCACACUAAUUUCGGAUCACCUGACUCCGGUUAUUCAGCUUCGCCAGUGUUCGCUAGUUUCCGCGAACGUUACGGAGGCCAGUGCGUCGACUUCAACGGCUCCAGAUCACCAGUGUCGUCACCACUUACUGUAAGUACGAACACUUAUCCUUCACCACUGUACUACUCAACGUUCGACCGUCUGUCUGUUUGCAGUGAUGUACCUUUAGAUCUCAAAAUUUCGAAAGAUGUAGAUGACAACGAUAAUUUGAAACCAAUUGAUUAUUCUUUUACACCACCGAAAUCAAAUGACAUUGAUUCAAAAGCUGAACAAAUUCUAAAACUUACACCUAUAAGUCCGAACAAACGAAGAGGAAACAGCGAAAAUUUGGAGAACAAAAUCAAAUCGACGAAAAAGCCAAAAGCUGCAAGAAAAAUAAAUUUCGACGAAGACAAUUCAUCCCCUGUUUCUGGAACAAUAAUUCGUAAACUGACAGACGAAGAUAAUGGUGGAAGAAUAGUAUGUGGUGAUAUAGACAGUAAGUUUAAUUGUGUUGAAGUUACGCCUGAAGCAAAAGCAGAAAUCGCAAAGAUUGAGAAUCGAAUCGGAGACUAUGUCUGUAGAUUGUGUAAAGAACUCUUUGAUGACGCCUUCAAACUCGCUCAACACCGGUGUUCGAUGAUCAUCAACAUUGAAUAUCGUUGUCCAGAGUGCGAUAAAGUUUUCAACUGUCCUGCAAAUCUAGCGUCUCAUAGAAGAUGGCAUAAACCGCGACCAAUAGUUAGCAAGAAAAGUAAUGAACCAACGAAAAUUCUUCCAGCGAUUUCGACAAACGAACAGCAAAAAGACGCCAAAACAAAGAACGGAAAUACAACAUCUGAAGAAGGUCACUAUGCUUGCGACAAAUGCAACAAGAAAUUUCGUCGCCAGGCUUAUUUACGGAAACAUCAACAAACGCACGUGACAGAUGCCAUUUUUGUUUGUCAGUUCUGUAGCAAGAUUUAUCCAAAUGACAAUGCACGUGCAAAACAUGAAAUGACACAUACGACAGGAAAGGAGCUCACUUGUACGCUGUGUAUGACUUCGUUUCCGAAUAAGAUCGUGCUCGAAAAGCACGUGCGCCAACACGGAAAUGAUACGUAUAACUGUAAGUACUGUGACAGCACGUUUUGCAGCUCUCCGGGUCUAACCCGUCAUAUUAACAAGUGUCAUCCAUCAGAAAACCGUCAGGUCAUUCUGCUACAGAUUCCAGGUAACCGUACCAGCUAAGAAGGGAUGCCGUUACACGUUCUAGUAAACUGUAUAACUUAAGCAGUAGUGCCUUGUAGAUUUGCUAGUGACAAUUAAGGUGAUGGUGCCUUUUGCAUGGAGACGUUGUGAUAUAUUGUUAUACUAAUUUGUGUUUACUACAAAGUAUUUGAAAGACAGGCGGUUAAAAUAUAACAGAGAAUAGUUUCUGUGAUGGAAUGUGCCUUCAAGGGGGACAAUUGACGAGAAAUUAUAAAUAGGGCUUGAGUUUAUAACGAGGAGUAUAUUUUACUGUUAUUAUAUCAAAAUAUUCAAUGAUAUAUGUAAUUAUGUGAAUAUAAUAUAAUUUUUUUUGCAUAAUUAUUACCUAUGUUAUGAUCUAGUCGAUUUGUAAGCCUUAUUUAAUUGUUAUUAUUAUUUUAAAGAUUUUUAUUAUAAUUUAUGAUUUUUACGGUGCAAUAACGUUAAUUUCAUAAGAAAAUUUUAUUUUGAUGAGAUGAUGUGCAAUAUAGUGUGUAAUAAGUCCCAGUGCAAUAUUUGUAUUACUACAUGGCCUUUCAGUGAUACUGUGCAAUAAUUUAUUUAUUAAAUGCUUUAUUUAUUUAUUUUAUAUUUUUUUAGUCAGUACUUUUGUGCAAUAUACCUAUUUUUUUCUUUUUGUUCAGUUUUACUUUUUUUCUUAGUGCAAUGUUUUUCGUGCAAUGUCAGGCAAGUGCAAUAUCUACUUUGCAAUAAUAUCAGUGCAAUAACUAAUGUGCAAUAAAUACUGUGCAAUUACAUCUGUGCAAUAAUAAACGUGCAAUAAUAGAUUUUCCAAACUUUACUUUUAUAACAGUGCAAUAAUUUUUAUUUAAUUUACUAUCAUUUUCAAAUCUAGUGCAAUAUUUUGUUUAUUUUUAUUUUUACUUAUUUAUUUGAAGUGUGCAAUCUAGUUUCUUUCAUAUUUCAUUAUAUUUUUUUUUACAUUUUUAUAUUUUUUAUAGUUUUAUUUCUUAAACUUUGUAUAUUUUUUAAAGGAAUUACUACAGUAAAUAUCCUUGUUUUAUUACACACACAGAUAUUCACCAUAAAAAUCCUUAUAAAACAUCAUGCUCAUAAAGUUCAUUUUUCGGUAAUCUGCCAAACUUUUCAGAUACUUUGUAUUUUUCUACUAAAACAUAUUUUAACACAUAUAACAUGUUUUUGGUGACUGUAAACAUCAAGAUUAUUUUAUUUAUUUUUUAUAAUAAAAAUUUUUCAGUUUUUAAACUUUUUUUUCACAAGAAAAGGAAAAAAACAUCUAGUUUUUUCUAUCUAUUUUUAUUUAAGUUUUUAUUUAAUUCGACUUGUUAGAUAAUGAAUCUUGAUAUUUUAAGUCAUCACUCCUAAGGGAAAUGAAGGCAAAGUUUCUUAUUUAAAAAGGGGGAAAAUGUAACUAAUUGUUUAUUUAUUUUUUUUUGGAUACUAAGGGUUAACAACUGAAUGGUUCAACCAAUAUUUCGUCCUUAUAUCGAAUUUUUUGAUAAAAAUAAUUUCACAUUUUAAUAUACAUUGGGGAACAAAAUUUAACCU